GGUGUUCUUCAACAACCGACAGUCCUGAAAACACAAAAUGAAAACUGACACUACACUUGUAAAAGUUUCAAGAUGAAGAGGCAGCAAGAGGAGUGCGGGCAGAAGAAGAAGGGAAGUACGUGAUCUGAUAACCAAUCACAUCCCUUUGCUUAUCACGACCAACCAAUCACAGCAGCGCGAUGCUCAACACGUGGGGGGGAAAUGCUAAAACCCCAAAUAUUUCCAAGUAGAAGUUUUUUGGAGUUUAUCUACUAAACUGCCCCCAUUUUCUCUUUGACAAGCAGAUUGAUUUUUUAUCAGAGAACGUUAUCAAGAGAGAACAACCCACCGCUCGACAGAAUCGAUCAUUUAGAUGAGUUUGUGGCACUCAAUGUAAACACCACGUGUUUCCGCGUGUGUUUGAUAGAUCGCGUAAUCGAUUUAUCUUAUAUCAGCUACUGUUGCAUGUUUCUGCUAAAAAAGUGAUUUACUUGUCACAACGUUUUUAUUCACAACUCGUGAUUCCGCGUCAACAAUGUCAGCUGAGUUCAUGUGGCUUUAACAAACAACGGUACACGUGUUCGUUCAAUGCUAUCGGAACUGGUGUAGGAAAACGCAGGAUACUUGUUGACCACCCGGUUACCGGAGGACCGAGACUCACGAAGGCCUGAUGGAGUUUGAGGAGAACGGUAUCGGGGAGGAGUGCGGGGUUUUCGGCUGUGUGGCGGCCGGAGAGUGGCCCACGCAGCUGGAGGUGGCUCAGGUCCUAACUCUGGGACUGGUGGCGCUACAGCACAGGGGUCAGGAAAGUGCCGGCUUUGUCGUGAGUAAUGGAGCCAGUCCGCCUACAUACACGACCCACAAGGGAAUGGGAUUAGUGAGCACUGCUUGCCCUCCAGAGGCUCUUCUGAAACUGCGCUCUGGUAACCUGGGUAUUUGUCACACUCGCUAUUCAACUACUGGGUUCUCAGAGCUGCAGAACUGCCAGCCCUUUGUGGUGGAUACACUGCAUGGCAAGAUCGCAGUAGCACACAAUGGAGAGCUGGUUAAUGCUCUUGCCCUGCGGAGAAAGGUAAUGCGUCACGGAGUGGGCCUCUCCACCAGCUCAGACAGUGAGCUCAUCACCCAGCUGCUGGCACUGACUCCACCUAUGGAGGAGCGGGACGCACCAAACUGGGUCGCCAGAAUUAAAAAUCUGAUGAGUGAGACCCCUACAUCGUACUCACUGCUGGUGAUGUUCAAAGAUGUUAUCUAUGCGGUGCGUGACCCUUACGGAAAUCGCCCCCUCUGCAUUGGACGGAUUGUUCCCGUCUCUAAGCUGCACUCAGGAGAGGAGGACACCGAGGGCUGGGUCGUGUCAUCAGAGUCCUGCAGCUUCCAGUCAAUCGGAGCCAAGUAUUACAGAGAGGUCUUACCAGGAGAGAUAGUGCAGAUAUCCAAACACGGAGUCAAGUCUCUGAGUGUCGUCCCGCGCCCUGAGGGAGACCCCCCCGCCUUCUGCAUAUUUGAAUAUGUUUACUUUGCCAGACCGGACUCUAUUUUUGAAGGGCAGAUGGUGUACACCGUCAGACAGCGCUGUGGUCGGCAGUUAGCCAUCGAGGCUCCAACAGACGCAGACGUGGUCAGCACUGUGCCAGAGUCUGCAACUCCUGCAGCCCUGGGCUACGCUCAGCAGUCUGGGCUGCCAUACGUAGAGGUUCUGUGUAAGAACCGCUACGUCGGGAGAACGUUUAUUCAACCGAAUACCCGCUUGAGGCAGCUAGGAGUUGCCAAGAAGUUUGGGGCUUUGACCGACAAUUUUGCUGGGAAGCGGGUGGUGCUCAUUGACGACUCCAUCGUGAGAGGCAACACCAUCUCCCCCAUUAUAAAACUGCUGAAGGAGGCCGGUGCGACAGAGGUUCACAUCAGGGUUGCCUCUCCACCGAUCAGAUACCCCUGCUACAUGGGCAUCAAUAUUCCCACCAAGGAGGAGCUCAUCGCUAACAAGCCCGAGUUUCAGGACAUUGCCGGAUACAUUGGUGCUGCCAGUGUUAAGUAUCUCACUGUGGAGGGCCUGGUGUCCGCCGUUCAGGAGGGAAUCGCCUCCCUGAAGGAGAAGGACGAGAUGAUCAGCACCAGCAACACGUCCGGCAAGAGAGUGGGCCACUGCACCGCCUGUCUGACCGGGAAGUACCCGGUGGAGCUGGAGUGGUAACGCCAUGACGACGAGCGACUGCAGCAGCUCUGUGGCUGUACUGUGGGCUCCUAGUACUGCUGAUGCAUGUGAAUUAAAUCUCUGGACUGGAAAAGUGUUCAAGGAUUUCAAUACUGCUAUCUGGGACACUAAAAGAUGUAUUUAAAGACAAA